CUAUUGUCUCAGGACUCUCGGCUCAAUUUACAUGCUAUAGGCACUAUCCAGUAUCCAUGCAUUAAUAGUUUAAUACUUCGUAUUAUAGGAACAAUGUUUGUUAAUUUACAUUUAAAAUCAACAUAAUAUACAUUUAAGUUUUAACGGAUGCUAUAUCCCAAAAUAAUAAAACCAAAAGUUAACAUCUCAAAAUAUAACUGGUCCUGAUUUGGUUUCGAGUGUGACUGAAACUGAAUCCUUCUCCUCCUCACAAGAUACGUAAACAGAGGAGUGGACACAGGCCAUUGUUUGACCACCAACCUCCUCAAUUGACGGCCGUCCGUUUGAAUCCACCACCAAUAAGCAUUAUAAACAAGCCCCUUAAGUCCAAUUCAAAAACAAGCUCCUAGAUACAUUAAUAAGAAAUAAUCUGGGAGUUUGUGGUGGUAAAAUAAAUAAUACUAGUUCGAUCCCGGGCCGGCCACAACGAUGAAGAACCAAAAGGUUGUGCCCUGUUUGGUGCUGGUGGCGCUGGCAUGGGCGUGCAGCGGCGCGUGGGCAGAUGUGAUCACCGCCGACCAGCUAGCCUACCUUCAAUCGGAGGAGAACGUGUUCUCGAAUAAGAAAAUAAUUGACAUCAGUCACAAGUAUGUCGUCGGAAUGCCAUACUUCUAUGGCGGCCCUCAUGGGCUUCAGCCGUUCUUCAAAUCUGUGUCCAACAUGAAAACUGAUGAAAAAGCUUUUUCAAACUCCGCAACCUUCACCCUUUCCACCCACUCCGGCACCCAUUGCGACGCUCCCGGCCACUUCAACCAGACGCUAAUGGAUGAAGGAUAUGAUGUCGAUUCUCUUGAUCUACGCACUUUAAAUGGCCCAGUUUUGGUGGUUGACACUCCCCGGGACAAAAAUAUCACUGCCGAGGUUAUGAAAUCUUUGAAUAUACCAAGAGGAGUGAAGCGUGUGAUAUUCAAAACACUCAACACAGACCGGAAUCUAAUGAAUCAAUCUGCAUUUGAACCCUCUUACACCGGCUUCACCACGGACGGAGCCAAAUAUUUAGUCGAGAACACUGAUAUCAAACUUGUUGGCAUAGAUUACCUAUCCAUCGCUACUGGAGUAACAGAUGAACUUAAGGGGGUCCAUUUGACGUUCCUAAAUCAAAAGGAUAUAAUUCCAGUGGAGGAUUUAAAACUGGACGAAGUAGUUCCUGGAAUAUACACAAUUCACUGUCUACCACUGAGGUUGGUAACCUUAGAUGGAUCGCCCGCCAGAUGCAUCUUGAUCCAGUGAUCUAAUUCAUGCUCGUCUUCCACUACCCGACCCAAUUCAUUAUUUUAUUGGAAGAUUGAUUAUGUUAAGAUUGUUAUAUGAAUAUAUAACUAUUCUCAAUUGUACACAAUAUUUAUUCUAGAAAUGAACCUUCCUUAGUUCCUUUUUAUGCCAUGCAACCUUGAGCUCGACAUCCAUUGUGUUACUUUCUUUAUCUCUAAUAACUUCG